CAGCACUUGUUGGUGGCAUCGCAGGCAACAUCAUUCUUUCCAUCGUGAAGCAGGUCUUCAGUUGCACAGAUUCCUUCUCGCAUCUCUCUCAGUUGUUAUCACCGUGUUGAGUACUGCAAACAUGCGGCUUACGCAGUUGUCGCUUCUAUUGUCGCUUCCCGCCGCCAUCCUCUCCAUCGUUAUCUUUCCCGAUGCCGAAGUCUUCCUGACACAAUCUGAGGACUCGUCCAACCGGUUGUCCGACGCGGCCGCUGUUGAGCACGUCGCGCCGUUAUCGCCAGAUUAUGCCCAGCUUCAUGGAUUCCAUGUUGCCGAAGAGGAGGACAAGACCGCAGAUGAGCUCAGGCUCACGCCCAAAAUCGCCCACCUCCCUCACACCAUCGAGAAGAUUGUCGAGGAUGACUGGGUCAAGAUCACUAGGCUGUCCCCCAAAUAUGCCUCGCCUGCAAAGAUAGGCGACGGUGACUCUGACGACGAUCAGCCUCUCCCCGUGGUGAUCUGGCACGGGCUCGGAGACUCGGCGGACGCCACAGGAAUCAAAGAGGUCGCGGCUAUGUUGGACAACAUCCAUCCGGGUACAUAUACAUAUAUCAUUUCCCUGGGCGGCAACCCCGGCUCGGCAGAUCGCCAGGCUUCGUUCUUUGGUAACGUCACCGAACAAAUCCUUGCUGUCUGUCACAUGCUGGCAAGCGAUAACAUUCUGCGCACGGCACCGGCCCUCGACGCAAUUGGAUUCAGCCAGGGCGGCUUGUUUCUGAGGGGCUACGUCGAGAGAUGCGCCGAUUGGGCACCGAAGAUUCGGUCCCUGAUCACUUUCGGAUCUCCGCACAAUGGCAUCGCCGAGUUUCAGAAGUGCUCCUCGCCGUCGGACUGGAUUUGUCAAGGCGCCAACGCGCUCUUGAAGAGCAGCACUGUCUGGUCCGAUUUCAUCCAGUCAAGACUGGUUCCUGCCCAGUAUUACCGCGACACAAAGGAUUUCGACAAUUACCUCGAGCACUCAAAUUAUCUGGCGGACAUCAACAACGAGCGCGCACGCAAGAACGCCACCUACGCCCAGAAUCUGGCGACCCUGGAAAGACUCGUGAUGAUUCUUUUUGACGAUGACAAAACCCUCAUUCCGAAGGAGAGUGCGUGGUUUGCCGAAUUCAACGAGACGGAAAACUCGGUCACACGCCUCCGGGAUAGACCCAUCUACGAAGAGGAUUGGAUCGGCUUGAAGAAGUUGGACGAAAAGGGCGGUCUGAAAUUCGUGGGCCUGCCUGGUGAACAUAUGGAGUUGCGGGCGAAGGACUUGAGGAGCUUGUUCCAGGUAUAUUUUGGGCCAGCGGGGAAGGAGUUUGACGAGCAAAUUGGUUCGGUGAAGGAGCAGGAGAUGGCCAUGAAGCCCGAGUUAUGAUUCAUUCUACUGAGAUGCCUCUGAGACCGAGACUGGGAUUGGGAUGUUGUCGGAGAAGAUUUGAUGGAUUUUGUAACUUAGCUGGCUUAGCGAAGCGAACCCUUCGUUUUGGAUGAGGGACUGUAAAUUCGAACGAGCCAAGCGUUGGCUUUAUAUUUAUCUCACGAUGAAGAUUCCUAUAGUCUACAUGCAGUGCCGAACAGCCAUGGACUGAUGUGACAAUUUCGUUGGGAUCUGGAUCCAGGGGGGCAUCGUGACAUCGGGAAACUUGCUAUAAUCGGAUGGGGAAGUUGGUG